CGAAAGCGCCCCGUGACUGGCCGUCGCAUAGUACAAGUCUAUGAGAACUUCGAUUUACUCACUGGAGCGCUUUCUCAGUAACUGACAUGUCUGGAGAAAGAACUAUUCGCGCCGCCGUCGUGCAGGCCUGUACUGCAGCAUUUUCUCUGCCGGAUACUCUGGAGAAACUAGAGCGUAUGGCUAAAGAGGCCAAAGAGAAAGGCGCUCAGUUGGCCGUAUUUCCCGAGGCCUUUAUCGGUGGCUACCCAAAGAUGUCCACUUUCGGCACACUGGUUGGCCAUCGUACUAAAGAAGGACGAGACGAAUUUCUCAGAUAUUAUUCAUCUGCGAUAGCGAUACCCUCUGAGGCAAUCACAACUAUUGAGUCUAUCAGUAAAACUUUGGACAUCUUCCUUGUGGUUGGUAUCAUUGAGAAGGACGGCGGCACGCUUUACUGCACGGCCAUCUUCGUUGACCCACUGGAAGGCCUAGUGGCGAAACACAGGAAGCUAGUACCCACCGCAUGUGAAAGGCUGAUAUGGGGAAUGGGAGAUGGCUCAACCCUUCCUGUCGUCAAGAAGGCCUUCAAGAAUGAAAGUCAAGGAUCGGAAAUCUCAGCAAAAUUGUCAGCCACUAUCUGUUGGGAAAAUUACAUGCCACUAUUGCGGACGUUUUAUUAUUCGAAAGGUACGGAGAUAUAUUGUGCGCCUACCGUCGAUUCGCGGCCAGUCUGGCAGCACACGAUGCGCCACAUUGCUUUAGAGGGACGCUGCUUUGUCCUAGCCGCGUGUCAGUUUAGCAAGGAGAAGGAUUAUCCACCAGACCACGCUGUGGCCGAUUCCAGCAACCGAAACCCAGAAAAUGUAAUGAUCGCAGGCGGUAGCGUCAUCGUAAAUCCUCUUGGAGAAGUACUCGCAGGGCCACUGCUAGACCAAGAAGGUGUCCUCAUUGCUGAUCUUAAUCUAAAUGAAAUUAUUCGGGGAAAGUUUGAUUUGGAUGUGGUUGGACACUAUGCACGACCCGAUGUUUUCCAAUUCCAUGCGAAUGUGCCAUCAUCUGCGUAGCGUCAACGAUGUACUUAUUGCACUACGAUGAAUUGCAGGAAAUAGGAGCUGAAAUACUGCGACUAGAAGCUUGGUAAUAAGAGUACUUGGUGCAAUCCAUACAUAAAUUCAAGAUUGACUAGGCAAGAGGAAAUAUAGUGAAUGUAUUAUAUAUACAUGAAGUGGAAAUGAGUCUGGC